UGUAAGUAAGUCGGUAGAGUACAAGUUCUCUCAUCAGGGGUCUGUCACUGUCUGAGGUUUAAAAAAAAAAAAUCGGAAAAGCAAAGGACUUCAGCACGGGUUGAUGAUGCUCCUGUUACCUCUGCUCACUGUAUUGUUGGCGAGGCGAAGCCAUACUCGGACCCACUCCCUGAGAUAUUUUCGUCUGGCUGUUUCCGAUCCUGGCCCCGGCGUCCCUGAAUUUAUCUCUGUUGGGUAUGUGGACUCACACCCUAUCACUACAUAUGACAGUGUCACUCGACAGAAGGAGCCGAAAGCUCCAUGGAUGGCGGAGAACCUGGCACCUGAUCACUGGGAGAGGUACACUCAGCUGCUAAGGGGCUGGCAGCAGACAUUCAAGGCGGAGCUGAGGCACCUACAGAGGCACUACAACCACUCAGGGCUUCAUACCUACCAGAGAAUGAUUGGCUGUGAGUUGCUGGAAGACGGCAGCACCACAGGGUUUCUCCAGUAUGCAUAUGAUGGACAAGAUUUCAUCAUCUUCAAUAAAGACACCCUCUCCUGGUUGGCCAUGGAUUAUGUGGCUCACAUCACCAAGCAAGCAUGGGAGGCCAACCUGCAUGAGUUGCAAUACCAAAAGAACUGGCUGGAAGAAGAAUGCAUUGCCUGGCUAAAGAGGUUCUUGGAAUAUGGAAGAGAUACCCUAGAAAGAACAGAGCAUCCAGUGGUAAGAACAACUCGAAAGGAAACCUUCCCAGGGAUUACAACUCUCUUCUGCAGAGCUCAUGGCUUCUACCCACCAGAAAUUUCCAUGACAUGGAUGAAAAACGGGGAAGAAAUUGCCCAAGAAGUGGAUUACGGAGGGGUACUUCCCAGCGGGGAUGGAACCUAUCAAACGUGGCUGUCAGUUGAUCUGGAUCCUCAGAGCAAUGACGUUUACUCUUGUCACGUGGAGCACUGUGGUCGCCAAAUGGUUCUGGAGGCCCCUCGGGAUGGCAGGAGCAACGUGGAGUUUUCCUCAUUUACUUACAGAAUCAGGGGACAUCCUUCGAGUGAGCGCAAUCUCUGGAACCACAGUUCUCAUCAUCACCCUGGCUGGAGUUGGUGUUCUGAUCUGGAGAAGGUCACAAGAACUAAAAGAAGUCAUGUACCAACCCACCCAAGUGAAUGAGGGCAGCUCUCCUUCUUAGGAGCCACGAUGUUUGCUCUCAGGCAUCCACAUGUCUUGGCCAUACUCCUGAUAGAACCGGGGACUGUAAAAUUGAGCACUUGUGACAGGAAGAUAGGAGCUACAAAUUUUUCUUCAUUCUUUGGCUCCAGAAGAGCUGUCAACUUUUAGGCUCUUGAUAGACUCCUUUAUCACAGUCAACUUUAAAUACAGUUUGUCUCAUGACCCAAUACUUCCCAAUAUUGUAGUUUUCAAUGGUGAUUUACAAGUAGAUCACAGAGUAUCAGAGUCGCAAGCAACUUUCUCACCUAAGCAGGAGAUGUCUUCUAAAAUAUCAUAGACUUGAGCAUUAGCCUUCACUCAACAUCAUGUGCAACUUCCCCCAUUCUACUACAAAAUAGCCGUUCUUGUUCAUUUUCUCUCCUGAGAAUGUUUACCAUGUAAGAACUUUGACCAUUAUGGCUCUCAUGUUUGAGAAUCUAUAAGUAGGGUUGAGCCAACCCAUGAAAAUAGCCAGCAAGUCUCUACAGCAGCCUUUGAGUGGAUGAGUCACUAUACACAUAUCAUGGCCCAAGGGGAGGCAGAAGUAUCCAGUUCAUGGUGGCUCUGUCAGAAAGCAAGGAAUAUUGCAUGUUUGUCUGGCUACAUUUAUGGCAAUGACUUCCUUUGCUUUUACUAUUUCUGUGAGAAAUUGGAACAAUAAUUUAUCAAGUUGAGUGCGAUGGGAAUCUUAGAAGACCAGUAUUCAGGAAGCUGAGGCAGGUGGAUUAUACAUUUGGGGCUAGAUUGAGCUACACAAUGAAACCCUAUCUGAAAUAAACCAAAACAACAACAACAACAGCAACACACUUAACAGAACUAAAACAAUCAUUACCAGACAUAUUAUUCCCUCCCAUGGAACAGCAGACCUAGACUCACUUGCAAUAUUUCAACAUGAAAUAAUAGUAUUUAUUUGGCUGGAGAUGACCCAGUGGGUGAAGAUGUCAGUUGCCAAGCAUGUCCACUUGAGAUCAGUCACCCUGACCCACACACACAGUGAAAGAAAAAACUGACUCCUGAAAGUUGCCCUCUGACCUCUCCAUGAGUGCUAAAUUAAGGUUUUUGUUUUUGUUUUUGUUUUAAUCUGACAAAAUGUGUUCAUAUGUUUAUGUUUCAAAAGGAGUUCUCUUUACUCUGGUGUUGGAGACUGAACCAGUACAGAAAAGACAGAAGUUAGAACUGAACCUUUGGGGGUUUAGGGUGUAGCUCAGUGGCAGAGAAUUUUCUUAGCAUGUAUGAGGCCCUGAGGUCAGUCUUCAGCACUUCGAACACACACACAUACACACACCACCACCACCACUAAUAACAAACAAAAACUAAAACUUUGGAUUUUUUCUGUAAGUGGUUUUAAAUUAAAUUGUUUCUUAAUACUUUCAGACCUGUCAUUUAAUUAAUUCACAUUUACUGAUGAUAGAUGUUCGGUAACCAAGGUCUAUGAACAGUGUGAUGCCAUAUUCUAAAUGUUCCAGGGAACUGCACUACCACGCCAGUUGUGUUUAGACUUUGAGUUUUCUUUGCUAAUGUUUUAGAUCAAGAACACUA